UUAUCUGAUAAAUAUUGAUAAUUGUGAAUUUUUCGUCGCGACAAAUGACAGUUCGUCAGUUGUGUUUGGAUCGCGUCAAAAAAAUGUCACUUACUUUCGUGAUUUCUGUGGUUUUGGUGCUAAUUCCGCCCCGUUUUGCUCUCGAAUGUCUAAAAUGCGAAGAGCGUCGGGACCAAAAUGGAACGCUAAUCAGCGGGAAUUGCGUGAAUGACCUCACAAAUGCGGAAAUUGUGAAUUGUUUGAACAAGUGCAGCAUUUUUCACACAAAUGAUCCAACACAAAACAUGGAAAUUCUCAUAAGAGAUUGCGCUGCAACGGAAAAUCACUGCGAAAGACAAGCGGAGGCCUUGCAAACAUCAAAUAGUAGCAUCGUAAAGUGUCACAUUUGCGAUUACGAUUUAUGUAACAUUGCGAUCAAUAAGACGCGAUACAAAACCUUAAUUGUGACUGUGUUCCCCAUGAUUAUCGCCUAUGCCUUGAGUAGGAGUUAAAAGCUCUUUUUAAUAGUUUUUUAAUCGUAGUUUAAGUGUUGAACAAAUUUUGUGAUAUUUAAAAAUAAAAAAAAAUUAAGUAAAAAAAAAAUCUUAUCAAAGGUUGUUACAAAACAAAUAUUGACAGGUAUCGCGUGGUUGCGUUGUAACGAUAACGAUAACUUUUCAGUCAUAAUUUGCUUAUCAACGAAUAUGUAUCGACAAUUUUUACAGUUAUCAACUUGUAUCGCCGCAGUCAUUUUUUGGCUGAUUCAUUCGUCAGAUGCGUUCAUACAAUGUUUCGAAUGCAAAGAAGUGCGAAAUCUCGAUGGGACUUUGGUAAGCGGGAAUUGUUCUUUGGAGGGAGGCGCGAGAAUUAUGACUCAUUGUAAUGGGAAGUGCGGAAAAUAUGUUUGGUUUAAUCAUGCCACAGACAAUAAAUUAGUCUUGGAAUGCACUACAGAAGAAGAUUACUGCAUAAAACUUGAACAACAAAAGCCUCUCGGAUACAAUUUCGACUGUAAAGUAUGCGAUACUGAUCUUUGCAACGAAAGUCGUCGCAUUUUUCCCUCAUUUUUUGUCUUUUUCAUAUCUUUAAUCGCCUUUCUAAUAAAAUUUAAGCAAUAAAAAAUCAUUACUCACCAUAUUGACGCGCCAGAAUUUGCAAUAAAGGAGGCAAGGCAUUGUCUCUGCUCCAUGUAUUGCGAGGCCAUGGCACUAAUGAAGCACGACGUCUUCCAUUUUCGCCGCUUUUUUCCGUGUUUUUGACAUUUUUAGUUCGCUGUUGUUCCUUUUGCUGCUGUUGAAGGGAGUUUUUUCGAUUGCGAUGCGAAUUUUCUCGACCGCCAAAGUAAAAUUCGCAUGUUGGCGACGAGGCAUUCGUCAUUGUUGCUGCAGAUGGCGUCGAUGGGAUGCCAAAGGGAUGACCAAAGUAAAACAUACAAAUUGGAUUUGGACUCUGUAAUUAAAGUAAAUACGGUACAGAAAUUGGAAUUUAAUUAAACAGUCGUUAUUCAAUUCGGGUUUUUCGGUGUGUGUGAGUUGAAAAUUUACUCUGUGACAGGAAAAUUGGUUAAAUUUG